AUGGUUUUUCACGCUAUUGAUUAUGCCAUAUUUGCGUUGAUGUUGAUUUUUUCACUGAUCAUCGGCUUGUACCAUGCAUUCUCAGGCGGCAAGCAGAAGACUCCGAAAGAGUACUUGGUGGGCAAUCGAUCGAUGAGCACACUCCCUGUGGCACUGUCAAUGUUGGUUUCCUUCUUGAGUGGGAUCGUGGUGCUUGGCACUCCAGCUGAGAUGUACACGAAAGGGACGCAACUGUUCAUGAGGACAAUUGGAUAUACGUUGGCCUGCAUCAUAUCAUCUCUCUUCAUCGUCCCUCUGUUUUUCAACUUGAAAGUUACCAGCUCUUUUGAGUAUUUAGAAACUCGAUUCCAUUCAAAAGUUACACGACUUCUUGGUUCAAUUAGCUUUCUCAUUGGAAAUGUUUUUUACAUGGGUCUACUUCUGUAUACACCAGCCACUGCCAUGCAAGCAUCAACUGGGCUGAACAUCUACGUGUCCAUCUUGGCCAUUGGGAUCAUUGGCACUGUUUACACAACAUUGGGUGGAUUGAGAGGUGUAGUUUGGGUGGACACCUUGCAGGCCAUCAUCAUGUUGGGUGGCAUGUUAUUCAUUGUCGUCCAGGGAAUAUUGUUGGUUGGUGGCUUCAAGCAGAUGUGGACUAUCAACGAAUCAGGAGGAAGAAUCAUCUUCUUCAAUUUCAACCCCGACCCGACCCAGCGACUUUCCUUCUGGUCCACCAUCAUCGGUGGCUGCUUCUCCACGCUCACAAUUUUCGGAGUGGGACAGGUCAGUGUCCAAAGGUACUGCUCCCUCCCUACCCUGUCUAAAGCUCGACUGUCUGUAUUGUUGAACAUUCCAAUGAUAAUAUGCAUGAAUGUCCUGACCUCCCUGGUCGGUCUCGUCGUGUUUGCUUACUACGCCAAUCUCGGUUGCGAUCCAGUCAGGAGCAAGCAAGUUGAAAAUGUCAAUCAGUUGGUGCCCUACUUCAUGGUCAACGUACUCAACUACCCUGGCCUACCUGGAGCUUUCCUGGCCGUCCUCUUCAGUGGGGCUCUUAGUUCAAUAUCCAGCUCGUUGAACUCCUGUGCCGCAGUCACUUGGCAGGAUUUGGUUUCAUACUUCUUCAAAAAUAAAACUGAACACACAAAGGCUUUCAUCAUCAAAGUUCUAGUUGUUCUUUUUGGUCUGUUGGCGUUAGGAGUUGCAUUUCUUGCUAGAUUAGUGGGGCAACAUGUUCUGCAAGCCUCCUUAAGUUUCUCAGGAGCCACCAUGGGCCCCAGUCUAGGCAUGUUUUUGUUAGGGGGUAUCUUCCCAUUCGCCAAUGCCAGAGGUGCAGUAUCUGGAUGUGUCGUAGCCUCCAUCAUCUCAUUGUGGCUUAGCAUUGGAGCCUUCGUGACGAAACCUCACAUGCAAACGUUGCCCACUUCAAUUGAUCGAUGUCUCGAAUACAACAUUUCCAGCGCAAGCAUCAUGAUGACAACAACGUCCGUCAUCAUGAAUAAUCAUGUGACAGCUGUAGAGUUAAUGUAUGAGGUGUCGUUCCUGUGGUACAGCGCCAUCGGGUGCCUGCUCACCAUCAUCAUCGGAGUGGUCGUCAGUCUCAUCUUCAGUACGUUGGGAUCUUAUUGUUGCAUUCAUUUUUUUUUAAUUAUUUUUGUUUGUUCUGUUGCCAUUUUUAGCAAAUUUUAUUUUCUAAGAAUUUUUUGUGUGUUUUUAUAUGCACGUGUAAUUUAA